CCGGAAGUACACAACCCAUCCGUAACUAGAGCAGAACGAAACAGUGGAGUUUUGCUGAACAUUUUAUUAUAAAAACUCCCAAGGAUAUGGGUUCGUGUCUUGAUUUGUUGAGUUAUUGCUCACAUUGUAGUCAUUUUUCGUAGCAGGACCUGGUGUUAAAAUGGCAACAUGACGUGUUUGUAUCUGAGUGGAGAUAGCCGUAGCUUUCCCAUUGAGCGACAGAGGAGGCGACGUCACGUCAGCUAGUUCGGUGACCUGUCAGACUAAGAAGGAGCAGCAACUAAAACGAAUGAAAACAUGUCGCCGUCGCCUUUCUUCCCGCUGGCGAUCAAUUGCUUCAUGUCAGCACUCGGCUGUUUGGCCACGCUGAAGCUGAUUCCCGCUUUCAAAGACCAUUUCAUCGCGGCCAGAUUGUACGGGAUGGACCUAAAUAAAGUGACCAAAAAUCAAGUUCCAGAAUCUCAGGGUGUCAUCAGUGGGACGGUCUUCCUCAUCAUCCUCUUCUUCUUCAUCCCAGUGCCUUUCCUCAGCUGCUUUGUAGGAGAUCAGUGCAAUGGCUUCCCACAUAAUGAGUUUGUGCAGCUAAUAGGCGCGCUGCUCGCCAUCUGUUGCAUGAUCUUCCUGGGCUUUGCUGAUGAUGUGCUCAAUCUGCGGUGGAGACACAAGCUCCUGCUUCCUACCAUGGCUUCCCUUCCACUGCUCAUGGUGUAUUUCACCAACUUUGGCAACACAGUUAUAGUGGUGCCCAAACCGUUCAGGGCACUACUCGGGCUGCAUCUGGACCUUGGUAUUCUCUACUACGUCUACAUGGGCAUGCUGGCAGUAUUCUGCACCAACGCCAUUAAUAUCCUGGCAGGCAUUAAUGGCAUUGAGUCAGGUCAAGCUCUGUUUAUUUCUGGCUCCAUAGUCGUCUUCAACCUGCUGGAGCUCAGCGGUGACUACCACGAUGACCAUGUUUUCUCACUGUACUUCAUGAUACCGUUCUUCUUCACCACAUUAGCACUUUUUUACCACAACUGGUAUCCCUCAUCUGUGUUUGUGGGAGACACUUUCUGCUACUUUGCAGGAAUGACUUUUGCCGUUGUCGGCAUCCUGGGACACUUUAGCAAAACAAUGCUUUUGUUCUUUCUUCCUCAAGUGGUUAACUUCAUCUAUUCAUUGCCUCAGCUUUUCCAUAUUGUCCCCUGUCCCAGACACAGACUACCCAGGUUGAAUCCUGAAACAGGAAAACUGGGAAUGAGCUACUCUAAAUUCAAAAGAAAGGACCUUUCCAAACUUGGAAAUCUCAUUCUGCAGGUUGCAGAGCUAUUGAAGCUUCUUGAGGUGCGCAGAGGCCAAGAGGGAGCUGAUGAAUUCAUCGAGUGUAACAACAUGACCAUAAUAAAUCUGGUCCUGAAAUUCCUUGGACCCACUCAUGAGAGGAAUCUCACUGUCAUCAUGCUGUUGAUUCAGGUGAUGGGCAGCACGGUGGCUUUCGGAAUCCGUUACCACCUGGUGCGCCUCUUCUAUGACGUCUAGAUUACUCUUAAGCAAACACAAGGGAUUUCUGACGGAGAAACUCUUCUUUUUGGAACUACUUUUCAGGCGCGUUGUGUGCAUGCCUUAAAAAAGAUUCUAUUACCUCAGUUUGCUUUGUUUCUCACACUGCAGUAAAGACUUCUGUAAAAAUAUACCUAAGUACAAUAUAAUGACAUAGCAAGCUCUUUUUAUUUCCUGCCUUACGUUGUGGGGUCUAUCAAUUUCCAUCAGGAAAGUGUAACCAUGUCAUAUUCACAUUUUCACCCUAAAAUUAUAUUUUUGUACUGAGUUUAUAAGAAUUGUAAUGAGUUUCGAUCAACCACAAUUCAUUAAUUGAAGUUGCUAAUAGCGUGGUCUUGGAUGCCACUCCAUGGCCAUCAAUUGAUUCAACAUGCAGGGACCCUGUGUAAAUAGAAGGGAGAUCAAUAUAUCAAUUUAAUAAUGAUUUUUUUAACAUUAUAAAGUCCUCCAAUGUUUAUGUUAGCAUCAAGUAAAGGACCAAGUGUGAAAACAGGAUUUCAAAAAUAUUUUAAUACUGAUUGGCAACACUAAAUUGGCUCAAGUGUGUGAAUAUGAGUGUGAAUGUUGUUCGUCUAUCUGUGUUGGCCCUGCCAUGAGAUGGCGACUUGUCCAGGGUGUACCCCGCCUUCCGCCCGAAUGCAGCUGAGAUAGGCUCCAGCACCCCCCGCGACCCCCAAAAAAAGGGACAAGCGGUUGAAAAUGGAUGGAUGGAUGGGAAUGUGAGUGUGAAUUUUGUCUGUCUAUCUGUGUUGGCCCUGUGAUGAGAUGGCGACUUGUCCAGGGUGUACCCUGCCUACCGCCCGAAUGCAGCUGAGAUAGGCUCCAGCACCCCCUGCGACCCCGAAAAGGACACGCGGUAGAAAAUGGAUGGAUGGAUUAAAUACUUGAUCACAAAGUACAAAAGCCACAUUCAAACAAUGCCAUCUGGUGCAUUUAACAAAUUUAUCAAGGUAUCAUGUAAAAUGCUACCUUUUCGACAUCAAACAGAUGGUAAUAUGCAACAUGAGAGUGUAUUGUAAUGGUCUACUGUGUGGAAAAUACAACUUUUUUUGAAGUUACUGAAAGAUAAAGGCUGGUGUUAUAGAAGUAUAUUUUGUCAAAUAACACUGGAAUACUGUGUUUUGGAAUGUAAAUUCAAAUGUGAUGAUGGGGAUUUUAGAUAUGGUGACACAAAUUGUAAAAUAAAAGCUGAGACAAAGUGAAGCACAAUAUUCUCUCUACUCUCGACUCUCUAUUUUAUGCUGCCCUUUUCUUUUGCUGCAGCUGUUACUUUUUCUGUAGUAUUGUACAUGGUAAUUGUUAUAUAUUGUAUAUAUUAUAUAAUAAUAUAAUAUAUCAGUAUAUAUUAUAUACUGUAUAUAUAAUAUGUAAAUAUUACAUAUCUUUUAUAUUGCUACUCCGGUACAUUUUUAGUCUACUUUAUACCUGCAUUAUCCUUUCUAUCCUUACACUUUCCAUCCUUUGUAACUGAGCUAUUGUGUGGAACCAUUUCCCUUGUGGAUCAAUAAA